ACGGAAGAGCGAGCGCGCGCACGCCCCAGCGCGAGUACGUGCACGUACAGCUGUACUAACGUGAUGUCAGAACGCCGUUGAGCUCAAAAAAAUGUUAGCCUGUGUUGUUAAGUCUGAAAGCUACAGGGGAUUUGCCAGACGGAAAUAAUACCGUUUUAUCGCCUAGAAACACAUGCACAGCCCACAUAUUAGCGUAGCGCGUUUUUAUACGUUUUUAUAUCCGCUUGAAGCGAGCGUCUUGGGUUUAUCCUGAGAGAAAGUUGGUUGGUUAUUUUGUGGGAGUGAUGUCGAAUCCUGGGACUCGAAGGAACGGGUCAAGCAUCAAAAUCCGACUGACAGUAUUAUGUGCCAAGAAUCUGGCAAAGAAAGACUUCUUCCGGUUGCCUGAUCCUUUCGCCAAAGUGGUGGUGGAUGGCUCGGGUCAAUGCCACUCUACAGACACGGUCAAAAGCACAUUGGACCCCAAGUGGAAUCAGCAUUACGACCUGUAUAUUGGGAAGACCGAUUCCAUCACCAUUAGUGUAUGGAACCAUAAGAAGAUCCAUAAGAAGCAGGGGGCGGGUUUCUUAGGCUGUGUGCGGCUCCUGUCCAAUGCCAUCAGCAGAUUAAAAGACACAGGCUACCAGCGUUUAGACUUGUGCAAGUUGAACCCAUCUGACAGUGAUGCGGUCCGUGGACAAAUCGUUGUGAGCCUGCAAACCAGAGACAGAAUUGGCAGUGGAGGUCCUGUGGUCGACUGUAGAGGACUGGUAGAGAAUGAAGGGCCAGUUUUUGAGGACUCGGGGCCCGGACGGCCUCUCAGCUGUUUUAUGGAGGAGCCCAUGCCAUACACAGAUCCCACAGGGGCCGCUGGCGGAGGAAACUGCCGUGCACUUGAGUCACCCAAUCAGGAGCAGCGACUCCAAGCACAACGGAUCAGAAACCAAGAUUCCCGAGGGCACGCACACACACCCCAGAACCGACCACACGGACACCAGUCCCCCGACCUCCCUGAGGGCUACGAGCAAAGGACCACUGUGCAGGGCCAAGUCUAUUUUCUGCACACACAGACUGGCGUGAGCACCUGGCAUGAUCCUAGAAUACCCCGGGAUUUGAACAGCGUGAGUUGUGAGGAGCUGGGCCCUCUGCCGCCCGGCUGGGAGAUCAGGAGCACUGUGUCAGGACGAAUUUAUUUUGUCGACCACAAUAAUAGAACCACACAAUUCACCGACCCCAGGUUACACCACAUCAUGAGCCAGCACUCUCAGGUGAAGGAGUCGAGCCAGGCUUUGCCCGUACAGAUGGAGGUCGGUAUGGAGGAGGGUGACGGGGAGUUACCGGUGCGCUACGAGAGAGAUCUGGUACAAAAACUUAAAGUUCUCCGGCAUGAGCUCUCCCUGCAGCAGCCUCAGGCCGGCCACUGCCGCAUAGAAGUGUCCCGUGAGGAGAUCUUUGAGGAGUCUUAUAGGCAGAUCAUGAAGAUGAGACCCAAAGACCUGAAGAAGCGGCUGAUGGUGAAGUUUAGAGGAGAGGAGGGGCUGGAUUACGGUGGUGUUGCUAGGGAGUGGUUAUAUCUUCUCUGUCAUGAGAUGCUAAAUCCAUACUACGGCCUGUUUCAGUACUCAACUGAUAACAUCUACACACUACAGAUCAACCCAGAUUCAUCCAUCAACCCUGACCACUUGUCUUACUUCCACUUUGUUGGGCGGAUUAUGGGUCUGGCUGUUUUCCAUGGGCACUACAUCAAUGGAGGCUUCACCUUGCCCUUCUACAAGCAGCUCCUGGGGAAACCCAUCCAGCUUUGUGACCUUGAGACUGUGGACCCAGAGCUGCACAAGAGCCUCGUCUGGAUCCUAGAGAAUGACAUCACAUCUGUUUUGGACCACACCUUCUGCGUAGAACAUAAUGCUUUUGGCAAAUUCCUCCAACAUGAGCUGAAACCAAAUGGCAAGAACAUCCCAGUCACAGAGGAGAACAAGAAAGAAUAUGUGAGGCUGUAUGUCAACUGGAGGUUCAUGCGAGGCAUUGAGGCCCAGUUCCUCGCCUUGCAGAAAGGCUUCAAUGAACUCAUUCCACAGCAUCUGCUCAAGCCUUUUGACAACAAGGAACUUGAGCUGAUCAUCGGUGGUUUGGGGAAGAUCGAUCUGAACGACUGGAAGGCCAACACGCGGCUUAAGCACUGUGUGGCAGACAGUAACAUAGUGAAGUGGUUCUGGCAGGCGGUUGAAUCGUUUGACGAAGAGAGGAGAGGCAGACUGCUACAGUUCGUCACGGGCUCCACACGCGUUCCUUUACAAGGCUUCAAAGCACUGCAAGGUUCUACAGGUUCUGCAGGACCAAGACUCUUCACUAUUCAUUUAAUUGAUGCCAACACAGACAACCUGCCCAAAGCCCACACAUGCUUCAACCGAAUCGACAUCCCGCCUUACGAGUCAUACGAGAAGCUCUACGAGAAGCUCCUAACGGCCGUGGAGGAGACGUGUGGCUUUGCAGUGGAGUGAGCGAGUGCCCUGCCCUGUCCAGCCAGCCAGCAAUGGCAGCAAACCCACCAAACAGCCCCAGCCAUCCCUCUCACCCCCCUCCCCUUCUCUAGGACAGACGGACUGGUGUCUCCUGACAGACUUUAGCAUCACCCGCCAGCCUGAGACUGCAACGGAGGGGAGCGACCACCCAGGGGCAAAACUCUCAAAGACUAACGAUUCCUCAUGGUGUGAUUCGGUAAUUGUUUGCGCAUUACCACAUAAGUUACGGAGAAAUCUGAUCAACGUUUUGUUUUGUUUUUUCUCAAAAAUCCAGUUUGUAUUGUCUUUGUCACUGAAGCGGCGGGUUGAUAGCGUCUGACUGUAAUGCGAGUAUGUUUGUGCUGCAGUACGUAGAGCCUCGCUGAGCCUGUGGUCUACAUGAAGUAGAGCUCAUGUUUUAGUCUAGGUGGAGUAUUUUAACAUACACAGAGCCUGUGACCAUUAAACCAGUUUACCUACAGCAAAUGUGUCCUGAAGGACAAGGGUGGUCAGCGUUGUCAUGCUCGUUAUGUGUGUAAUGCCUCCAAUUGUUUCCGUACUAUCUAUUUUAUUUCUUCACAUCCUGUUCAGUACUAUAGGAUGGCAUUUCAGUGGUAUCCAUUUCCUGUACUCAUCAGUUCUCAUUGUAGAAAUUUUAACUUGAUUGCUUGAAAUGUAUUAUUGAAAUGUUUGUUUGUUUUUUUUGUCUGAGAUCAAGAACAUGCUUAACGGCGAGUCUUAGUCCUCUCAUGGGAACUGUGAAUGUAACAGCGCCCAUGUGUUAAUGUUCUUCAGCUGAAGCACAACGAUCAUGUGCAGUCUAGAGAAGGACCCAAAGCCCUUUGCAAAGUCAGCGGUUUCCAGAGUGAGCCAGUAUUUUCGUCGCAUAAAAAUCUUUUUUUUUUUUUUUUCUUCUUUUUUUUUUUACUUUUUUAAUCCAAUGAGCAUUCCUCCGUUGUUGGCAAAAGACCUACUUUUUGAUGAAUGAAUGGUGUUUUAAUAUGCAGAUUUUGAAGCAAGUCUACUUCUGUCACCUUCUUGAACAACAUUCGAAUCCAUUGUGUCCGUUAACACACCUAAACUCGACUCGUAACUUUAGUUUCGCAAAGAAAACGGAUGGCGAAUGUUUUAAAGGAGCUCUUUUUGUCCUUAAUUUUGAUGGACCCUGUUAAUCUUUUCCAAAUGAAUCUAGCCAUAGUCAUAUGGUAUCUUAGCAUUAACUGUUUUAACUUAACGUACUAUUAAAAAUCACCUCCAGACUGUUAUUCGCAGCUCUUUCAUUGAAACCACUGCUUCGAGUAACAUUCAGCACUUUGGCUGGCACGUGUACAAUCGCCCAUCAUGGAGUGUUUAAUCCCCUGUGGACGAUCGCUGAUGUCCUUCGGCUCAGUUUGGCGGCCUCUCUGGACUCUGACGGAGAGGUGUUUGGUCCAGGUUUUGGUGUGUUGAAAGACCAGGGGGGUGUCUUGGAUUUCAUUAUGUAGUGCUUGAUGUGCAUGGCACCUGAUUAUUCUUUGUAAAUGUAAAGAAUGAGCCAACCUCAUAGUGUUUAUUCAACCACUUUUGUCUUUUUCUCUCUCGCUCUCUUCGUUUUUUUUUUUUUUUUUUUUUUUUUUUUUAACCAAUUAUUUAUUACCAUGUAAUGUCCUUUUAAGUAUUGCUGCUAUUUCCAUUAUUCCGUAGUUUUCAGAGAAGGCCGAGUUCUUGUGAAAGCUGUACACUAAUCUCUUUUAUUUUAUGUAUGAAUCAAAGUAUUUAAACCUGCUGCUGAUUCUUCAGGACGUUAAGAGGACGACACCCGACCUUUGACCUGGAUGGAGUCAGCAAGUAAUGUAGGCUGGGCCCCGGUGGUCAUGUUCAUAUUUGUGAUAUAUGCAAUAAAAUCCAUCACCUUUAUAUUCUUGGUUCUGUCUUAAAAUGUCUCUUUCCUCACUUAAUGUGUAUCGGAUCGGUUGGAAUUUGUGUCUAUGACAAGUGUGCAAAAAUGAAGUUUUCUGUUUUUCCCAAAAGGCUGUGAAUGCCUAGAGUGGUGAAAUGUUUUUAAACUUGGAUAAAACACAAAAGAGGUGACGUUAAAUGUUGUGUACUUGUGGGAAUGGCUAGUGAGCUUGAAGAUGAGUAUGGACUUUGCCUGAAGUUACAGUUGUUUUCAUAUUUCUCUAAGAAAAAACCUUUUUCCAAGUAAUGUGACUGGUAUCAUCACAUUGUACAAUUAUUAGGUCCUGAGUGUCAUUGUUUAUUCGAUGCAAGAGUAAUGUAACUUACUAUGUACUAAACAUUUCUGAAAAAAAUUCAGUGUAAAUAAGAUUAUAUUAAAGAAACUAAAUUGCAAA